ACUGAAACUUUUAAACGAAUCGUUUUGAUCGCAGAUUGCUACGGAAAGUGACUUAAUAGGUGACACUCGCAAUUGUUUUGUGUGAUCAAUACUCGUUGUCUUGAACAAAAUCCAUACAUAGAGAGGAAUAUCUAAUUAACAAUAUAAUCAAUGCUAACAAAUGCAUUUAAUUUUAAAAUAUAAAACAACAAAAAUAACAACAUGCUUAUUUAUUAACACGAGUGUAAUUAAAAAUAUGAAAAAGAAUGUGUUAAUUUGAAAAAUUCUAAUGAAAAUUAGGCAUUAAAGUGAAUCAGUAAAUAAAUAUAGCAAAAAAUAAAAUUAACAAAAAAAUUAUAAGAAAAUAAUAUACAAUAAUAAAUACACAAAUAAAUAAUUGUUUUAUAAGUAGUGUUUAUAACAAUAAAAAUUUUAAUCCAAGCUUUUUACCUCGUCAUUAUUAAUGAGCACGAGUUAAAGCUUUUGUCGCAAAGCCCACGUAUUAGUGUAUGGGUGAGAAAAUUAAAAAAAAAAAUAAUAAUUGAUUUAUACACAUACAUAUGUGUGUAUGUAUAAUUCUUGGGCAAGAAUUUUAAACCUAAAAAACCUCUGAAACGAAUACUAAACUUCAGUGGAUAACAUACAAAAUAAAAGCUUUCCAAGAACCUAUAAAAAAUAAUGAUAACUUAAAAUUAUAUUGUUUAAAAAAUAUAUUAUUCAUGUUGAGCUUUAAGCGAAAAAAUUUGAAUUUUUUUAUGAAUUUUGCAUAAAAAAUGCAUUACGAUAAACAAUGCAAUAUAAAUACUAAAACUGAUACAAAUUUAACACCUUCGACAACGCCAAAAGAAACAGAAAGCACUGAAACAAAAAGCAACAUUAACAGCGAAAGUAUCUUAUCAUUUCAAGUGAAUACUAAGAAUAGGAAUACAAUUAAACAACAUGAACCAUCUGAUAUUGGAACGUACACGGAACAUACAUCAGCGAGUUGUACAUCUUCGACAGACUCUGGAGUAAAUGUAAGUGAUAACGACGAGAUACCACCCUCGCCGACCUCCUCACACCUGCAUUCGUUCCCGUCUACGUCUUCAUCGUCUAGUGAUACAACAACUGCGAAACCAUUUUAUAAACAAUUUCACAAAAACAAUAAAAACCCAAACCGAGAUAACAAUUCAAACAAUAGCAAAGACAACAACUUUAAAAAUCACAAUAAUGAUUAUUAUGAUCGUGAUGAUGAUGAAGACGACAAUAAUUCUACAAAUACAGAUAAUAAAUUAAUGAAAAGUGAAGAGCGUCGAAAGCGACAACAGCAGCAACAAUUCUUUAAACUGGAGAACAACAGUAAUGGAGACAAUAACACUCUAUAUCAACAAAAUCAAAAUGUCAUUGAAAGUGGGAAUGUAAUAAACAUUAGUCAUCAACGGAAUUCGACAAUACCGACUCUAAGUGUAACUACCCCACCACCUCCGGAAACAACAACAGCAAACAAUAACGAUAAACCAUCGUUAAAACACAAUGAGUUCAUUAACCGACCACAGCGGUCAGCAUCAAUAUCAUCUUCAUUGUCUAUGUCAUCUAUUAUGUCUACGCAAAGUGACGACCAACACAACCCGCCUUCAAAAACACACUACUGUAGUGGAUCGCCUGUUGUCUCAAUACGCAGCAUUAAUUCAUCAACAAUUAUAACAUCAGAUUCCGAUUCGGAUUCUGAUCUCAGUGGCGACACUGAAGGUGCACACUCAAAUUAUGUGAUAAAAAAGCUCGGUACUCAGGUGACUUACCCACCUAAACAUCCAGCUAUCCCAAAUAUCAACAGUGGUCACACUGUUUUAAAUCAACAAGUCGUGCCGAACUGCGAACACGCUGCAGCAUCUCCGUUAGCGACAUUAGCAGCUAUUGGCGAUAGUAUUGGCGCAGCUCAAGCUUUGGGACCAGUCCCAUCGUUUUCAGGUGUUCCUCAACGCCCGCAAAUCGGCAGUAUAGCACUUAGUAAUUCAAGUGAUGUGACCUUUGGCGAUAAGCAUUUCUACGAAGGUCCUGUCACAAUACAACAAUUUCUUAUCGAUAGUCGUGAUAAGUGGAAAGAAAUAAAUGAAAAGGAAAAUCCAACAUUUGUAAACGAUAAUGGAGGAACUUGUAAUAAUGCCAAAGAUAUAAACUCAUCAGCGGAACAAUCGGGUAAACUCUAUGGAUACAUUUCAAAACACAAAAAAAUUAUCAUUCCCUGUGUGUUGGCUUUUAUGACGAUGUUGAUUGUGGCCAUCAUUUUGGGGAGCAGGGCGCUGAGCGAUAGCAAAAGUAAGCUUGUACUCGGAAAUAGCGAAGAAUCGAGAAAUAUUAUUCCAAUCAAUUCAUCAAUAGAUACAAACGGCCAUCAUGUCAACGACGAUGAAGAGUGUUCAGGUAAUGGUACCUUUUGUCUUAUAGAACGAGAUGUUUGGCGUGCUCAUCCUCAGAAGAAUAUUAUGGAAAAACAAAAACUACCAUUACACCGUGCCAUCAUAUCACACACAGCUUCCGAACCAUGCGAGACUCUAAAAAUAUGUGCCGAACGUAUUCGAGUAAUACAAGAAUUUCAUAUGAACUCGUUGAAUUGGGAUGAUAUCGGUUAUAAUUUUCUUAUAAGUUCUGAUGGUCGCGUGUAUGUGGGUCGAGGAUGGGAUGCUGUGGGCGCCCAUACUAAGGGCUACAAUUACGAUAGUGUAGGCAUAACAUUUAUCGGAACAUACAUGAAAACACCACCAACUGAAGCACAACUCAAUGCCUGCCUUCUGCUUUUAGAAGAAGGUCUGCGACUUAAAAAGCUGGCUCCAAAUUAUCAUGUUUAUGGAGCACGACAAUUUUCAGCAACCGAAAGUCCAGGCAAUAUGUUGUAUAAUAGGAUCAAAAAAUGGGAACGCUGGUCAGCCGAUAUCAAUCAAGACUCAACAAAAACUUCACUUACAAGAUAAGCUAAAAAAGUAUAAUUAAAAAUUUGAAAAAACUACAUACUACAUGGUUGUGACAUAGGACGACCCCAUGAAAAUUGGCUAUUCUAAUGGUGUUUGAUUUUCCAUAGUAAAACUCAAAAAUUAUUGUUACAUUUAAUUUUGUAAGUAAAGUUUUUGCUGGGUUAUAAUAAUAAAAAUCUCAUAAACUUUAGAAGAAUACUUAAAG